CAGGCCCCCGUGCCCGCUCCCGCCCCGCGGCCCGCUCCCCGCCCGCCCGGCUCGGCUGCCGUCGCCCGCGCAGCCCGUCGCCCCGCGGCAGACCCAGCACUCCGGCUCGCUGGCUGGUGCGCGCCGCGGCCAUGCAGCGCCGGGGCGCCCUGUUCGGCGUGCCGGGCGCCAGCGGCAGCGGCGGCAGGAAGAUGGCUGCAGGAGACAUCGGCGAGCUGCUGGUGCCCCACAUGCCCACGAUUCGCGUGCCCAGGUCCGGGGACAGGGUCUACAAGAACGAGUGCGCCUUCUCCUACGACUCGCCGAAUUCUGAAGGUGGACUCUAUGUUUGCAUGAAUACAUUUUUGGCCUUUGGAAGGGAACAUGUUGAAAGACAUUUUCGGAAAACUGGACAGAGUGUAUACAUGCACCUGAAAAGACACGUACGAGAGAAAGUAAAAGGGGCAUCUGGUGGAGCUUUACCAAAAAGGAGGAAUUCCAAGAUUUUUUUAGAUCUAGAUACUGAUGACGAUUUAAAUAGCGACGAUUAUGAAUAUGAAGAUGAAGCCAAACUUGUUAUAUUCCCAGACCACUAUGAAAUAGCACUACCAAAUAUUGAGGAGUUACCUGCCCUGGUAACAAUUGCUUGUGAUGCAGUUCUUAGCUCAAAAUCUCCAUACAGAAAGCAGGACCCAGACACAUGGGAAAAUGAAUUGCCAGUAUCCAAGUAUGCCAAUAACCUCACCCAGUUGGACAAUGGGGUCAGGAUUCCUCCAAGUGGUUGGAAGUGUGCCAGGUGUGACCUGCGGGAAAACCUCUGGUUGAAUCUCACCGAUGGCUCCGUGCUGUGUGGGAAGUGGUUCUUUGACAGCUCUGGGGGCAAUGGGCACGCGCUGGAGCAUUACAGAGACAUGGGCUACCCUCUAGCUGUGAAACUGGGAACCAUCACUCCUGAUGGGGCAGAUGUUUAUUCUUUUCAAGAAGAGGAACCUGUUUUGGAUCCUCACUUGGCCAAGCACUUAGCUCAUUUUGGAAUUGACAUGCUUCAUAUGCACGGGACAGAGAAUGGGCUCCGGGACAAUGACAUCAAGCCGCGGGUCAGCGAGUGGGAAGUGAUCCAGGAGACGGGGACGAAGCUGAAGCCCAUGUAUGGCCCCGGGUACACGGGCCUCAAGAACCUGGGCAACAGCUGCUAUCUGAGUUCCGUCAUGCAGGCCAUCUUCAGCAUCCCGGAGUUCCAGCGAGCGUAUGUAGGAAAUCUUCCAAGAAUAUUUGACUACUCUCCUUUAGAUCCAACACAAGAUUUCAAUACACAAAUGACUAAGUUAGGACAUGGCCUUCUCUCAGGCCAGUAUUCAAAACCUCCGGUGAAAUCUGAACUCAUUGAACAGGUGAUGAAGGAGGACCAUAAGCCUCAACAGAAUGGGAUCUCUCCACGCAUGUUUAAGGCCUUUGUAAGCAAGAGUCAUCCAGAAUUCUCCUCUAACAGACAGCAAGAUGCCCAGGAAUUCUUCUUGCACCUGGUGAAUCUAGUAGAGCGGAACCGCAUUGGCUCAGAAAAUCCAAGUGAUGUUUUUCGGUUUUUGGUGGAAGAACGUAUUCAGUGCUGUCAGAGCCGAAAAGUCCGCUACACAGAGAGGGUGGAUUACCUGAUGCAGUUACCUGUGGCCAUGGAGGCAGCAACCAACAAAGAUGAACUGAUCGCCUAUGAAUUAACAAGAAGGGAAGCAGAAGCAAACAGAAGACCCCUUCCUGAGUUGGUUCGUGCCAAGAUACCAUUUAGUGCCUGCCUUCAGGCCUUUUCUGAACCAGAAAAUGUGGAUGAUUUCUGGAGCAGCGCCCUACAGGCAAAGUCUGCGGGUGUGAAAACAUCUCGCUUUGCCUCAUUCCCUGAAUACUUGGUAGUGCAGAUAAAGAAGUUCACUUUUGGUCUUGACUGGGUUCCCAAAAAAUUUGAUGUUUCUAUUGAUAUGCCAGACCUACUUGAUAUCAACCAUCUCCGAGCCAGGGGGUUACAGCCAGGAGAAGAGGAACUUCCAGACAUCAGCCCCCCCAUUGUCAUUCCUGAUGACUCAAAAGAUCGCCUGAUGAACCAACUGAUAGACCCAUCGGACGUCGAUGAGUCGUCAGUGAUGCAGCUGGCCGAGAUGGGUUUCCCUCUGGAAGCGUGUCGGAAGGCGGUGUACUUCACUGGAAACAUGGGAGCCGAGGUGGCCUUCAACUGGAUCAUUGUUCACAUGGAAGAGCCAGAUUUUGCGGAACCGUUGACCAUACCUGGUUAUGGAGGAGCAGCUUCCGCUGGAGCCUCUGUUUUUGGUGCUACUGGGUUGGAUAACCAGCCCCCAGAGGAGAUUGUGUCUAUCAUUACCUCCAUGGGAUUCCAUCGAAAUCAGGCUAUUCAGGCGCUACGAGCAACGAAUAGUAACCUGGAAAGAGCCCUGGAUUGGAUCUUUAGCCACCCUGAGUUUGAAGAGGACAGUGACUUUGUGAUCGAGAUGGAGAAUAAUGCCAAUGCAAACAUUAUUUCUGAGGCCAAGCCUGAAGGACCUAGAGUCAAGGAUGGAUCUGGAAUGUAUGAAUUAUUCGCAUUCAUCAGUCACAUGGGAACAUCGACAAUGAGUGGCCAUUAUGUUUGCCAUAUCAAAAAGGAAGGCAGGUGGGUGAUCUACAACGACCACAAAGUGUGUGCCUCAGAAAGGCCCCCUAAAGACCUGGGCUACAUGUACUUUUACCACAGGAUACCAAGCUAAACCUCAGACGUCCAAGUCGGCGAGAAGCCACACGCCUUUUUAAUUUGCCAAAAAAAAAA